ACUCUUCAGCCUGAUGUCAAAAGCAAAAAUUCAGAAGUUCCUCAUCAAUCAGGAGUCCUUGGAAGCAGGUGAAGCUCACCUAAGUAGGCAUUCCUGUGAUGUGGCUGUUUUUAACAAUAGUUUGUUUGAUUUGUGGAACAUUAAAUGCUGGUGGAUUCUUGAAUUUGGAAAAUGAAGUGAAUCCUGAAGUGUGGAUGAACACUAGUGAAAUCAUCACCUACAAUGGCUACCCCAGCGAAGAGUAUGAAGUCACCACUGCAGAUGGGUACAUACUCAGCAUCAACAGGAUUCCCUGUGGAAGACGGCAUGCUAGGAGCACAGGUCCCCGGCCAGUUGUGUACUUUCAGCAUGCCCUGUUUUCAGACACUGCCUACUGGCUUGAGAAUUAUGCCAAUGGAAGCCUUGGAUUCCUUCUAGCAGAUGCAGGUUACGACGUAUGGAUGGGAAAUAGUCGGGGGAACACUUGGUCAAGAAGACACAAAACACUCUCAGAAAAUGAAGAGAAAUUCUGGGCCUUUAGUUUUGAUGAAAUGGCCAAAUACGACCUCCCAGGAAUAAUAGAUUUCAUUGUGAAUAAAACUGGUCAGGAAAAGUUGUAUUUCAUUGGACAUUCACUCGGCACUACCAUAGGAUUUGCAGCCUUUUCCACCAUGCCCGAACUGGCACAAAGAAUCAAAAUGAAUUUUGCCCUGAGUCCUGUGAUCUCAUUCAGAUACCCCACAAGCAUUUUUACCAGUUUUUUUCUACUUCCAAAUUCCAUAAUCAAGGCUAUGUUUGGUACUAAAGGUUUCUUUUUAGAAGAUAAGACCAAGAAGACACCUUCUACCAAAAUCUGCAACAAUAAAAUACUCUGGGUGAUAUGUAGUGAAUUUAUGUCCUUAUGGGCUGGAUACAACAAGAAAAAUAUGAAUGUGAGUCGAAUGGAUGUGUAUCUAUCCCAUGCUCCCACUGGAUCAUCAAUACAGAACAUAUUGCAUUUAAAACAGCUUUACCGAUCUGAAGAAUUCAGAGCCUAUGAUUGGGGAAGUGAAGCUGAAAAUAUGCUUCAUUAUAAUCAGAGUCGUCCUCCACUGUAUGACUUGACUGCCAUGAAAGUGCCCACUGCUAUUUGGGCUGGUGGACAUGACAUGCUUAUAACGCCAAAGGACAUUGACAGGAUACUCCCCCAAAUUAGGAAUCUUCGUUACUACAAACUAUUGCCAGAGUGGAACCACUUUGAUUUCAUCUGGGGCCUUGAUGCCCCGCAACGGGUGUACAAUAAGAUCAUAGCUUUGAUGAAAGAAUACCUCUAA